AUGACUGUCGGCAUCUCUGAGUCAGACCGCGGUCUACGACUGCCAAACCCUCCUCCACUGUUGCAUACACGUUCGGGCAAUGAAACCUUUGAUCGUCCCACCACGCCCGCCGAGAAUGGCUUCACCAGUCCCCCGCAGACGCCCCAGGGCAGUCCCAGCAAGACUCGAUUGCCACCCGGCGCGCUCGAUCUGCCCAACGUGUUUGACAAGGCUAUGAAGCUGACUCCCACAUCGCCGUCUCAGACGACUCAUAACCACUUCAACCAUCCUAUGUUCACCAACAAGAAUAACUCGGAGGACUUGAACGAGAGCGUCAUUCAUCAGCGCCCGACCAGCCCGACGCGCCGCGCCAAUAAGGAAAACACGCCUCCCAACUCGACUCGCUUGGCCAAGGACCUGGGAACCAACCCGACUCCGGCGGCGCUCUCUCGUCAGGAGCCAUACCAGCCCCGCGAUGCUGACACGACCAAGCGUCAGGUUCAGCUGCGUGGGCUGAGUCCCGAGGAGAUGGAGAAGCUGCAACAGCCCCGUGUGAAGCGUCUGGUCAAUGUGACACAACUUUACUUCCUCGACCACUACUUUGAUCUACUGAGCUACGUCCACAACCGCCAGACGCGUCACUCUCAAUUCAAAGCCGCCUACCCAGAUCCUCCUGCCACCCCUGCCGAAGAACAUGAACCGGCCCUCCUGAAAUACCUCGGUCGCGAACGAGCACAUCUGCGCAAGCGCCGUACCCGUUUGCGCCAGCAUGACUUCCAGAUCUUGACCCAGGUCGGCCAGGGUGGCUACGGGCAGGUAUACUUGGCACAAAAGAAGGACACGCGGGAGGUGUGCGCGCUCAAGGUGAUGAGCAAGAAACUGCUGUUCAAGCUGGACGAGAUCCGCCACAUCCUGACGGAGCGCGACAUCCUGACCGCGGCCAAGAGUGAAUGGCUGGUCAAGCUCCUGUACGCGUUCCAGGACCAGGACCAAAUCUAUCUGGCCAUGGAAUACGUGCCAGGAGGUGACUUCCGUACGCUCUUGAACAACACCGGUGUUCUCCACAACCGACACGCGCGAUUUUACGUGGCAGAGAUGUUCAGCUGCCUCGAUGCCCUCCAUGCUCUCGGGUAUAUCCAUCGUGACUUGAAGCCGGAAAACUUCUUGAUUGACUCGACGGGACACGUCAAACUGACGGAUUUCGGUCUGGCUGCUGGCAUGCUGAGCCCGGGCAAGAUCGAAUCGAUGCGCGUCAAACUUGAGGAAGUGGGAAACACGUCAGUGCCCUUCGGACGACCGAUGGAGCAGCGUAGCAUGGCCGAGCGACGGCAGGGCUACCGCACGCUGCGCGAGCGUGAAGUCAACUACGCCAAGUCUAUUGUUGGAUCACCCGAUUACAUGGCGCCUGAGGUGCUCAAGGGUGAGGAGUAUGAUUUCACGGUGGACUACUGGAGUUUGGGUUGCAUGCUAUUCGAGGCACUGGCCGGCUACCCACCAUUUGCAGGCGCGACCGUGGACGAGACGUGGCAGAACCUCAAGCGGUGGCAGAAGGUGUUGCGGAAGCCCGUGUACGAGGAUCCCAACUACUUUUUGUCGCGUCGGACGUGGGAUUUGAUCACCAAGCUGGUUGCCGCCAAGGAACAGCGCUUCAAGAACAUCCAAGAGAUCCACGCCCAUGACUACUUCAGCGAGGUGGACUUUGAGCGGCUGCGUGAACAGCGUGCGCCGUUCGUGCCCGAGCUCGAUUCCGAGACCGAUGCCGGGUACUUUGAUGACUUCAGCAGCGAGGCUGAUAUGGCCAAGUACAAGGAAGUGCAUGACAAGCAGCGUGCAUUGGAGGAGAUGGCCGAGCGCGAUGACAAGAUGGGCAAGGGGUUGUUCGUCGGGUUUACAUUCCGGUAUUCUAGCCAUCGCAAACCCGCCGUGGACAGUUCGGGUCGCACCUCGCCGCGCAAACCGAUUGCUACUGAUGGCAGCUUCGGGACGAUGUUUUAG